UAUUACACAAAGAUAACCCAAGUAAACACAAAAUGCAGUUUUUAAGUGAUAAUUUUAUUUAUUAAGGGGAAAAAAGCUAUCCAAACCUUCAUGGCCCUAUGUGACAAAGUAAUUGCCCCCCCCCCCCCCCCUUGUUAAAUAAUGAAUUUACUGGUUAAUCACAUGUUUUGGAAAGCUGAGUUCAAUUUCACUAUCCACACCCAGGCCUGAUUACUGCCAGACCUGUUGAAUCAAGAAAUCACUUAAAUAGAACCUGUCUGACAAAGUGAAGUAGGACAAAAGAUCUCAAAAAGCAAGACAUCAUGCCACGAUCCAACGAAAUUCAGGAACAGAUGAGAAAUAAAGUAAUUGACAUCUAUCCGUCUGGAAAGGGUUACAAGGCCAUUUCUAAAGCUUUGGGACUCCAGCGAACCACGGUGAGAGACAUUACCCACAAAUGGAGAACAUUUGGAACAGUGGUGAACCUUCCCAGGAGUGGCCGGCCUACCAACAUUACCCCAAGAGCGCAGCGACGACUCAUCCAAGAGGUCACAAAAGAACCCACAACAACAUCUAAAGAACUGCAGGCCUCACUUGCCUCAGAUAAGGCCCAGGCAGUGACUCUGACUGUAGCACAGGCCUUUAGAGUGGCCUUUGAGUUGUGGCAGGUUGCUAAGGAAGAGGAAGAGAAGAGAGUGAAGUCCAGCUCAGCUGGAGAAGCAACCAGCAGCGCCGAGUCAGAAAGAUCAAACAACCUGCCUAGUCUCAAAGGAGGAAUCUCCAUAGAUGUUGCCACUGGUAACCUACUGGACCUGGAGGAACUGACUCAUGUUGCCGCGGUUCUGGAAACCAAUGGCAACGAGGAGUUCAAGGUGGACAACCACACUGCUCCCGAGCACAAUGAUGACAACAACACUGUCUGGGAAAUUGAGGAAGACUUGGAUGAAGCUUUUUCUAGACUGGCGGUAUCCCGUACUAACCCCCAGGUCUUGGACAUUGGGGUGACCCCCCAGGAUUGGCUGAUAGAACCUGACUGGGCCAAUGGGAACACACCCAACAAGAACAUGACCAAUAAGAAUGCAUCAAACAAGAAUACCACCAUUGGGGACGACUUCUUUGGCUUCUGAUCGACCACCAGAGGGCGACCAAGAGGCACAGCCUUUUUAGUCUUUGGCCUAAUCCCAAAUCAACCGCUAGGCCCUAUGCUGGAACUAUACUAUAUUGUGUGCACCUGUCAAGUCCUCUCAGAUCUCCACAAGUGCACAGGACACAGGGUCUAGGGGUCGAUUUCGGAUUGGGCCGUAGAAGAGUUGACUGGUUCCAUUCCAAACCGAUCCCUUGCCUCUGUCCUUAUUCCCUAGUUGACUCCCUCUCCCUUAUAGAUCUGAAAGGACUGCAUAGGUUGAGAGCUUUGGUUGAGGUUCUAUCAUAUUGUAGAUAUACAUGGGGUCGCCAGGAAGAGUCUAUGGGUAGACGCUAGGGAUUAUGGGUAGACGCUAGGGGUUAUGGGUAGAUGCUAGGGAUUAUGGGUAGACGCUCAGGAUUUGACUUGGUACCUUAUAUCUUUUUAUAAACUGGGUGCUUCAAGCCCUGAAUGCUGAUUGGCUGAAAGCCAUGGUAUAUCAGACUGUAUACCAC